AAGUAUUUAAUUACUCAGUUAAGAAGUAGUACUGUAUUUGUUUAUAGUGAGCGUUACAGUAGAAGCAGAGGGAAGCAAGGACGGUCAGAGAAAUUCAAACAACAGAACACAGCCACAUGACCUCGAGAAGUAAACCAAUUUCAAAAACAACACCAUUCUCCUUCUCCUUCUGUACUUGCCAUUACCAACUUGCCUAAAAACAACAACUAAUGCUUCAACUUCACUAACGUUGUAUCAUGUCAACAAUGCCAAUGCACCAUCUUCUCAUUUCCUUCCUUAUCUUCUCUCUCACUCCUACUCCGACAACCUCCCUCAACUCCGACGGCCUCUCCCUGCUUGCCCUGAAAGCCGCCGUGGACUCCGACCCCACCGGAGUUCUUUCCUCCUGGUCGGAAACCGACGGCACCCCAUGCCACUGGCCGGGAGUCUCCUGCUCCGGCGACAAAGUAAGCCAAGUUUCCCUCCCAAACAAGACCCUGAGCGGUUACAUCCCCUCCGAGCUGGGCUUCUUAACCUCCCUCAAAAGACUAAGCCUUCCCCACAACAACUUCUCAAACGCGAUUCCCCCUUCUCUCUUCAACGCCACGUCACUCAUCGUUCUCGACCUCUCUCAUAACUCUCUCUCCGGUUCCCUCCCUACAGAGCUUCGCUCCCUCAAGUUCCUCCGCCACGUGGACUUAUCCGAUAACUCCCUCAACGGUUCCCUCCCCGAAACCCUCUCCGAUCUCACCUCCCUCGCCGGAACCCUCAAUCUUUCCUUCAACCACUUCUCCGGCGGGAUUCCGGCGUCCCUCGGUAACCUUCCGGUGUCCGUCAGCCUUGACCUCCGCAACAACAACCUCACUGGGAAAAUCCCACAGAAAGGGUCCCUUUUGAACCAGGGUCCCACCGCGUUUUCUGGUAACCCUGGAUUGUGCGGGUUCCCGUUGCAGAGCGCUUGCCCUGAAGCGCAAAAGCCUGGAAUUUUCGCGAACCCUGAAGAUGGGUUCCCUCAGAACCCUAAUGCGCUUCACCCUGAUGGGAAUGAUCAGAGAGUGAAGCAGCACGGUGGCGGGUCUGUUGCUGUUCUUGUUAUCUCCGGGCUCUCCGUAGCGGUUGGGGCGGUUUCGCUUUCUUUGUGGGUUUUCCGGCGACGGUGGGGCGGCGAGGAAGGGAAAUUGGGAGGGCCAAAGUUAGAAAAUGAAGUGGAUGGGGGAGAGGGGCAAGAGGGUAAAUUUGUUGUUGUGGAUGAAGGGUUUGAGUUGGAGUUGGAGGAUUUGCUGAGGGCGUCUGCGUAUGUUAUUGGGAAGAGCAGGAGUGGGAUUGUGUACAAGGUUGUCGGUGUCGGAAAAGGGUCCUCCUCCGCGGCAGGGGCGGCGAAUGUGGUGGCUGUUCGAAGACUCAGCGAGGGUGAUGCCACGUGGCGGUUCAAGGAAUUUGAGUCCGAGGUUGAGGCCAUUGCCAGGGUUCGUCACCCCAAUGUUGUACCUUUGAGAGCUUAUUACUUUGCGCAUGAUGAGAAGCUGCUUAUCACUGAUUUCAUUCGCAAUGGAAGCUUGCACACUGCCUUACAUGGUGGGCCUUCCAAUUCAUUGCCACCAAUAUCAUGGGCAGCAAGGUUAAAAAUAGCUCAAGAAGCAGCAAGGGGCUUGAUGUAUAUACACGAGUUCAGUGGUCGAAAAUAUAUCCAUGGCAACAUAAAGUCAACAAAAAUAUUGCUGGAUGAUGAGCUCCAUCCAUACGUGUCAGGUUUUGGACUUGCUCGGCUCGGUUUGGGCCCAACAAAGUCUACUACAAUGGCACCAAAACGAAACAGCUUGAACCAGUCUUCUAUAACAACUGCAAUAAGUUCAAAGGUUGCAGCUUCCUCUAACCACUACUUGGCACCUGAGGUUCGCUUUACCGGUGGCAAGUUCACACAGAAAUGUGAUGUAUAUUCUUUUGGUAUAGUGCUGUUAGAACUUUUGACAGGUAGGAUGCCAGAUUUUGGACCAGAAAAUGAUGAUAAGGUACUAGAGAGUUUUGUAAGGAAAGCAUUCAAGGAGGAGCAGCCAUUGUCUGAUAUCAUAGACCCAGCACUUAUCCCUGAAGUUUAUGCUAAGAAGCAAGUCAUUGCUGCAUUCCAUAUCGCUUUGAACUGCACUGAACUCGAUCCAGAGUUGCGACCUAGAAUGAAAACUGUGUCAGAAAGCCUUGAUCACAUCAAAAUUUAGUGAAAAACAAGAGAAAGCCAUGUAAAGUUUUGGCUCUUGUGCUUGACUCUUUUCUUUUUCCUAUUUCGAUGUCUUAGUGUAGUGGGGGUGAUUUUGUAACUUAAGGGCUAGUAGAUGUAUCACUUUCUUCCAUUUCUCAAUGGAAAUUGUUUCCUUUCAUCUUCAUCUGAAAUCAAGGAACGGCCAAAAUUGAUAGGUGUGGUAAAUAUUUUCAUUCUUUUUA